AUGUCGAUAAAAGUGCAGAAGAUCACGGAGCCCCUGCUGCUGGGCGAGGGUCCGCACUGGGACGAGGAGCACCAGGCGCUGUUCUUCGUCAGUAUACAGGAGCACACCAUACACAAGUACGUACCCGCCACUGGAGUACACACCAAGACCAAACUUGGCGGUCGUGUCGGCUUCAUAGUGCCGGUAGAAGGCACCAGUGACCAGUUCCUAGUGGGUGUGGAGCGCAAGUUCCUGGUGAUCAGGUGGGAUGGAGCUGAUGGAAGCCCAGCCACCGUGGUCAAGGAGCUCGAAGAGGUGGACCGUGAUAUACCCACCAAUAGGAUCAACGAUGGCAAGGCUGAUCCCAGGGGCCGAGUGUUUGCAGGAACAAUGGGUCAUGAAAAUCCCCUUGGCAACGUCGCUCUGAACAAAGGCAACCUGUUCCGGCUGGAUGGAGGGAAGGUGACGAAGGUGGUCAACCAGGUCAGCAUCUCCAACGGCCUGGCCUGGGACGUCCGGGAGAAGGCCAUGUACUACACGGACUCACUCGAGAAGAAUAUCAGGAGAUACGAUUAUAAUGUGGACACUGGAGAAAUUUCCAACGUCAAGUACAUCUUCGACUUCGAAAAGAACAAGAUAGAAGGGGUUCCAGAUGGUACCACCAUCGACACUGACGGUAACCUCUGGGUUGCUGUGUUUGAAGGCUCCUGCAUCCUCAAAAUUAAUCCCAAAACUGGAGAACUGCUGCAGAAGGUCCCCAUACCAGCGUCACAAGUGACCUCGGCCACUUUUGGAGGUCCGAACUACGACAUUAUGUUUGUAACGACCGCAAGUCUGAACAUUCGUGAAGCCCAGGAUCCUCCUUGUGGAUCCACGUUCAUGGUCACCGGCCUGGGGGUCAAGGGAUACCCCAAUGUUAACUUUAAGCUUUAA